AUGGAGGACUCCAUCAGAGCAAACAUUCGUAGAUCGGGCUACAAUUCUCGAAAACCAGCAAUAGUUAAGAGCCUGAGAAAGUGGGUGAAUCGCUCAGUUACGAUGGAAAAUGUGCCGGAGGAGUUCCGCAAGCUUCAUGAUGGCUCUCCGUUUCUGCAACUGGACGAACCGGGGUUCCACAUUUAUUUCUCCACCCGCACCAUCCAGCCGAAGACCUUGGGGCGCUAUGCGCAGCUGUACUGCGUGCAUGGUGUCUGCAACCAAGACCUUGACGUACCACUGAUGUUCUGCAUAAUGGAAAAGAAAACUCGUCGCGGGUACAAGAGAGUAUUCGAGCACCUGAAGAGGAGUCUGCUAGGUGAAACACCCAGGCGCAUAGUGCUUGAUUUCGAAAAAGCUGCCAUCCAUGCGGCCAAUAAGGUAUUCCCAAAUGCGACUGUUGAAGGAUGUGCCUUCCACCUGGCGCAAGCGUGGAACCGCAAAAGAAACCAUUUGGGGCUCCAGAGAGUACCUGAAAGGCGCAGAAAAGGAUGA